AUGACUCAACCAGACGGUGAUCGAAUCUGUGAGUUACCUGAUAAUGUGAUUGAUUGCAUUUUACAACACUUGAUCGUCAAGGACCUAAUUAGGACUAGUAUUUUGUCUAGAAAGUGGAGGUAUAGGUGGACUUGUGUCCCACGACUUGAGUUUGACGAAGAAUUUUACAAUUUGUUUAAGAAUGUCUAUGAGUUUUCUAGAAUUAUCUCUGAAAUUCUUUCCCUCCACAACGGGCCGAUAAAUGAGUUUAUUCUUCUACUCCCUGAGAACAAAAUCACAUUUGAAUAUCUUAAUAACUGGUUUUUGGUUUUGUCAAGGAAAUGUGUUAAAUCUAUUACACUUCUGAAUGAUGAGACGUAUUUUAUUCAGACUCCAUCUCAUAUCUUCUCUUGUCUGGGAUUGAUUUACUUUAAAUGUCACCGAAUUUACUUGUCAAUUCCCUCUAGUUUUCGUGGCUUUAAGAGUUUGCUUCACCUUGGCUUCGAAGAUAUGACAUUUGAGUUGGGUGCACUUAACAGACUUCUUUCCACCUGCCCGUUACUUGAAAAGCUCGCCAUUGAGCACUGUUCUGGUUAUGAUUGUAUUGAUCUUUCUUCUUCUUCUGCUCUAAUUGAUCUAACACUUUCACUUCCACAGAAUUGCACAUUUGUCGGUUUGCCAAAAAUUCAGAGGCUAAAGUUGGUAUUACUUGGAGAGAUGCUGCUCUAUACAGAUAACUUUCCUUUGUCACAGCUGAUAAUGAGCUUAAAGUAUCUUUGUUUAGAUGAAGUGAAUUUGGAUGGAAGAGAAGAACUUUUAUACAUUGUUAGUGUACUAAAAAGUGCUUCUAACCUCGUGGAACUUCAUAUAGUGACUGAUAAUGACAGUGCUUACAAGGUACAAGCGCCUGACCCUUCGGAAAAGUUAGAGUGCAGUAGUAGUUGCCUUAGUCAACUUGAGAAGGUGAAGAUUAGAGUUCAAACAGGCUUUAAACAUGCAAUGAGUUUGACAAGGUUCAUUCUUGCGAAUUCUUCAUCUUUAAAAACUCUUACUUUUGGUUUUCGUUAUCAUUCGAAACCAGAAACGUCUAUACUGUCAAGCAUUUCAAAAGACUUGUUAUGGAUGGAACGAGCAUCGCAAAGGGCACAGGUUGAAUUCCUUCAUCAAUAG